AUGCGUCCCGCAGCUGUCUUCACCGCACUUCUUUUUACGGCCUCUGCUCUUGCCGUCCCUCUCAAUGCUGCACCAGGUAGCAAGGCCCUUGAGCCAGCCAAGCGGAAUGCGGCACCCAUGGUCGACGUGGCCACUUUGAAGCGUGCGCUCAUCGACUUAUCUCCCGUGACCCACCUCGUCGGUGACGUUCUCGCGACGGUGACCGGCAUCUUGUCCAUCGUCACCAACACCGUCAACGGUCUUGACGCCGCGAUCAACCAGCUGCUCAGUGAAGCUGAGACGGAUGUCGAUGGGACCCUGGGCUCGGCACGAUCAACUCUCCAAGGCCUCAUCAGUCAAUUGAAUAAUACCCUCGGUGAUGUCGGUGUCUCUGCGUCGUCACAAGGAGUCUCCCUAGACUUGACCACAACCAUUUCUGCAGUGCAGACGCUUCUUGCGGACGUUGAAUCACUUGGAGGAAUUAAUGGCAACGAUCUUGUGUCUGAGGUCACUGCCCUGGUUCAGGAACUCCUGAAUACCCUGACGGGCCUUACAGGCUUGAAGAAUUAA